AUGAGAGACAUUGGAUCAACCUUUCUAGCAUGUAUCGCCUGCUUGUCACUCGUUGUUCUAGGUGAUUCAUCGUCUUCCUCGCACCGGUCGAUAUCUACAGCAUCCCCAUCUGUUGCAAGCAAGAGCGUAGCUGCGAAUUUGUUUGGACUUGCUGUAUCUACGAAUACCAUUACAGCCUCGAUUAAACCUCCGAUUUCUUCGAGUUUAUCCUCGCCGCCAGAAGCAUCUACCACAGUCUUAAUAGACAUUUCAUCCUUUCUCAAAUCCGCAAAUUCCUCAGAACCAUCCACAUCACGAGCAGUAACUACCUCCGAAUCUGCUCUGCAGGUAUCAAACAUACCUAUGUCUUCCUCCUCCACCACCGCGCCUUCUGAAGACAACUCUUCUUCGCACCAAACUCUGGUCAUUGUUCUGGCUGCGGUUCUUGGUGCAGUUGGUCUAAUUCUAAUUGGAGCCAUUGUUUUUCUUAUAUAUCGCUAUCGAAGAGGAAGGUUACCCUUUGGACAUCGGGGAGUUUCGCCUAUCAACGACGAUGAGAUUGCAUCAUGGCGUAGGACUGGUCAAGAGCAAAAGCUCACACUACCUUCUCCCGUCUACAGACCUGCGAUCCGAGAGGUGACAUCCGUCCAUCUCAAUUCUCCUGGCUGGACUUGGACAGCAUCACCCUCUUCAAUUCGAACAGUUUCUGCACAUAUCACAGAUCAUCAAGUUCAGGCUCAAGCUCCAAACGCUCGGGCCGGCCUCACAGAUGAGGUUGUCCCUGGCGCCGAUCCGUUUAUUCCACAACCGAAACGACAAAAUUCCCGGCUAUCAAAACUUCCCCCUGGACAUGCCAGAUCGAAGAGCCGGAGGAGUAGCAUGAGUGCAAAGAGUCUUUGGAGUCCAGAUCGAACAAGCAAUGACCUAAAGUACCAGGAGCAACCUCCUUCUACCUGGUAUGCUGUCGAUGAUGCAGCGACCAGCCCUUUCAGGACGGAACUUAGCACCAGCUCGCCAGGAACUUCAGUCUUCGGUGAAGCAUUCACAGGAGGUCUAUCGCCUCGACCGGAAAGACGGACGAGGCCGUGGGAGCAAGAGGUGUCGAGGGAUGACAUAGGGAGAGCUAUUGCAUAG